AUUUAUUUGUUCGAGGUUGAGCAGACUUUAGUAAAACGGAACUAAGGCUAUGCUGCUCCCAGCAAACUGGUGGAAGACAACUAAAAAGUAACAACAUACCAAAAGGAAACAAGCAGUUCAAUUGGUGAGCGAGGUGUCAGAAGAAAAAACAUCUCGUGUCAAAAAACAAGGCAUAGACCUAAUCCUUAUUGCAUCUGUUACUCCUGAUGCCACCGUCCUAGUAGUAAUCGGGAAAAAAAUCAGUGACUACCGACGUUAAUGAACAAAUCACAAUUUCUAAUCGAUCGUCAUGGAAAAAGAGGAAAAGUCGUUGACAAAACCUGCAGGCCGACCACGGCACCACACAAGAUGAAGAAAACUUCCGGUUUGGAUUUGGAUUUCUGGAAAUGCCUCGUCCGUUCAAUACACAGUAUAGGUGUUACUCUGUCUCCAUGUUACCUGGUCAGGAAAGAUUGGAUGUCGAAAAAGGCGGAAAGAUCAUAAUGCCACCUUCUGCUCUUGAUCAAUUGACAAGGCUCAAUAUUGUCUACCCAAUGUUAUUUAAAUUGACAAAUCCUAGAGCAGGACAAAUCACUCAUUGUGGAGUAUUAGAAUUUGUUGCUGAUGAGGGUAAAAUAUACCUUCCAUAUUGGAUGAUGCAAAACCUUCUGUUGGAUGAAGGAGAUUUGCUGAACAUAGAAAGUGCAUCAUUGCCUGUUGCAACUUUUUCCAAAUUCCAGCCACAAUCAGAGGACUUUCUAGACAUCAGCAAUCCAAAGGCUGUUCUUGAAAAUGCACUCAGAAAUUUUGCAUGCCUUACCAGUGGGGAUGUUGUUGCCAUAACCUACAAUGAAAAAAUCUAUGAACUACGAGUAUUAGAAACAAAGCCUGGAAAUGCAGUUUCAAUCAUUGAGUGUGAUAUGAAUGUUGAAUUUGCACCCCCUGUUGGAUAUUCUGAACCAACUAAAGUUUCAAAAGAAUCACAAGAAGAACACAUGGAUACACUUGACCCCACAAGUUUCAUGCCAGAAGUUCAAGGGUUCAUAGCCUUUGCUGGUGAAGGAGUUCGAUUGGACGGGAAAAUUAGGAAAGUAAAAAACGAGGAACUGCCGCCGAUCAUCAAAGCAUCAUACCAAAGAGGAGUUCCUGAUUUUGACUACCAGUUUGGUAACCUCAAAUUCAUCCGAGCUGUAAAGAAAGAGGAUGAGAAGGAAAAAGAAACUCUGGAAUCCACAUUCGAAGCAUUUUCCGGUGCUGGGCAGUCGUUGCGUCAAACAAAGUUCAUUAAUUAAAUUUUCGUGUUUAAGUUGAAAAUAAAUUUCUUUUUCAUUUCGGUAA